CAUGGCCCUGGCCCCGCUGUGCCCGCUGCUGCGGCUCCUGGCACUGGGACUCGGUCUGGCGCUGCUGCGCGUGGCGUCCGGAGAGCGAGCGCCAGGCACCACCCCCUGCUCUCCUGGCACUUCCUGGAGUGCAGACCUCGACAAGUGCAUGGACUGUGGGUCUUGCUCAGCACGGCCGCGUAGCGACUUCUGCCUGGGCUGUACCACAACCCCUCCAGCCUCCUUCCAGCUGCUCUGGCCCAUCCUGGGGGGCACCCUGAGUCUGGCCUUCCUGCUGGUGGGGCUCACCAGCUUCCUGGUCUGGAGGCGUUGCCGCAGGAGAGAGAAGUUUACCACCCCCAUCGAGGAGACCGGCGGAGAGGGCUGCCCCGGUGUGGCGCUGAUCCAGUGACAGCCAUCAUUCAUUCAUUCUGGAACCUGCCCUUGCCUCUCAGAGGAAGCCUGUGCCAGGCCCAGCCAACCACUGGGAGGGGGGGGGGAGUGGUGAAUCACCUCUGAGGCCUGAGGUUUGGGGAAGCCCACCAAGGCAUCUGCCUACCUGCUCUUGAGCUCCUGGACAGAAGGGGCCCACCUGGCUCUCACACCAUUGACACUGAGAACUGUACCAUUUGCACAAGGGGGUCUCCCCCUAUCAUGCCCCAGGGGCCAGGCUGCCUUGAAGGAGCAGGCCUACACUAGGUCCCACAUGGCCAGGACUGAAACUCUGCCAGGAGGGUGUCAGUCUUGGGGGGUGUUGGGGACUUGUUGUCAACACUAGGGGCUGGCCCUCUAGGGGAGGGGGCACUCUGAGACACUGCCUCUACUAGCCCCCAAAGUGGGGGAGAUAUUUAUUGGGGGGGGGAGUCUGAGAGAUUGGGAGAAUUUAUUAAUAAAAAGUCUUUAACUGU